AUGGUUUCCUUGGCACAGCCUCCGUCAUCGUCCUGGUGGACAACUGACUUGAUCGAGACGGACUGGGCUUCAACCGGCCGCUCCACAUUGUUCGGAGUAAUUGCUGCGGACGAUCGAUCUCUUGCGAUCGAUGGUAGACAUGCUUGCCCUGGCCCCAUCUGGUACCCUUUGGCAUACUCUGACGUCCUCGGACUGGAACAGGAGUAUGUGUGGGCGCGAUGA